CUCGAUCAUCCUCUCAGGUUACCGGAUGGUUGGUGCGUUUCCAGUGUUUAAGCUGGGCGGUUUGGCCUUGAAACAGAUCAGCAAGCCACUUGUCCAUUUCCUCAAGCAGCGGGCCAAAUCUAAUGUGUAUUUCAGGAGUUACAUAUGUCUGCCACCAGCCCAGCUUUAUCAUUUGUGGGAGACACGACUGAAGCUUCGGUUACUUGGGUUGUCGAAACCUAAGGAGGUGGCUAAAUUGAGUGAGGAUGCGGCAGCUGAUCUCGGUGCUGAAAUGCUUGGGGAGUUGCUGAUGUUCAUGGUUGGUGCUGGAAUUUUGCUGUUGGAAUACCGUCGACAAUCCCGUAAGGAGUCAGCAAAGGAAGACAACCUUCACCGGAAGUUCGAUGAGCUGUUCAGCCAGAUUAAUGAGCUGGCGACUCUUAUAGAGAUACACGAGGCGAGAUUGAGAGAACACGCGAAAGCAAUUGCAAAACUCGCUGAUGACGAACUAUAAUCCAAAUCUCUACCGUUGUACAGCGAUGGUAUCUCCCAUUGUAGCUUUUUAAUAAAACCCUUUUGAUGAUGCUUUGUCCUUCUUCUGGCUUGCGGUCGCACUAUUUUAACUUGCUUCUUUUACAGGCUGUACUUCCGCCAUAUCACAUACUUAGUGUUGACUUCGGAAGCACGCAUGCAUGCGGACGCUUGUACUCUCAUGAUUUUACUGUCCUUGGAUCCAGCUCCUGUCCAGUCGAUCGCAUACAAGGAGAGGAUGGCUGUUACGAACUGGACCCAGAUUGCGUUUGGAAAUGCUUCUGCCAACUUGUAACCCAAGUCCUUUCAAAUGCGAAUAUGCCCCCGGAUAGAGUGAAUUGUCUUGGUAUCUCCGUACAACGGAACAGCCUGCUCAUCUGGGACAGAAAAACGUCCGCACCAUACUGUAAUAUUGUCACUUGGCAAGAUCUGAGCUCUGCUGGUCUAGCAGAACGAUUGAAUAAAUCCGUUACUUUUCGGAGCCUGAGGGCUGCCGGACGCGUUUUACAUUGGAUGACUCGGCUACCACGGUUCAAAGCUAUGGCAGCUUAUCGCUUCAAGACGACCUUCGCUUGUACACGUUUGAAGAAGCUCCUUGACGAUCGACCCAUGUUGUUAUCCGCAUGUCGAAAUAACUUGGCCUGCUACGGAUGUCUGGAAACAUGGCUGCUGUGGAAGCUGACUGACGGCAAAGCGUUUUGUACGGAUGUUAGUUGUGCCAGUGCUUCAGGCAUGUAUGAUCCAUUUACGCGUAAAUGGAGUUACAUCAUAUCAACCAGCUUGGGAAUUCCCCAAGAAAUUUUGCCAAAUGUCCAUCCAUCUAGCCACGUAUAUGGUUACAUCACCAAUGGACCUCUCAAGACCUCCCCACCGGCUCCUCCAGUUCCCGUGACUGCUCUGAUUGGAGACGCCCAAGCUGCCACUUUGGCAGAACAUUGCCUCGAGCCAGGACAAGCUAAGCUAACUCUGGGGACGGGCAGUUUUCUUAAUGUGAACACCGGACAUCAGGCACGUGCUUUUGCUGGUGGAUUCUACCCUGUAAUUGGCUGGGACACCGGUUGUUCUUCUGUCGAUGAUUCUCCCUCCGAACUGCACUGUACCCAAUUGAAAUUUUCGAGACGUUCCUCUUGUCCGACUUACUUAUUGGAGAACUCGCAUCAAAACACAGGCACAGUCAUUGAAUGGUUACGUUCUGAGGGUUUAUUUCACACGUACUCGGAGUUAGCUGAGAUGCUUCAACGCGGCGAUCAGCUGGGAUUGGACGAGCGUAUAGCAGCAGGUGGUGUGUAUUACAUAACCGCACCGCCCGUUUUGGUUCACUCGCUCAAAAUGAGCUUACUACGAGAGGAACGUUCAAGCCGGAGCAAACUUAUCGGUCCAGGUGGAUUUCUAGUGGGAAUGAAGCGAAUUUCAUCGGAAAUCGACCGUUUGGUUGUCGUUCGCGUUGCACUCGAAUCCAUCGCAUUCACUGUCCGCCAGCUGCUCGAUCAGUGUCCUACUGAGGCAGCGAAUCUGCUCUCGCCCGAACUACGUGUAAAUGGGAAUGUCGCCCUCUCAGAUUGGCUGCUGCAGUGUAUUGCUGAUGUAACUGGAAUCUUGAUUCGGAGAAGCGAGUUCGAAGAAUCCAGUUGCUUGGGGGCUGCUAUCGCAGCUGGCGUUGGAGUUGGUAUCUGGACAUCUUAUUCCACUGCACUUAAGGCUCUCUAUCAAACAGCCUCAAAGCGUCUAACAGAAACCUAUGCUGACCGCACCCUGCCUGUCAUCAGCCGCAAUCUGGCCACGGAAUUCUCACCCAAUACACUAAGAGUCCAACAAGUACAAGCAAGAUAUCGCAUGUGGUGUCGAGUGCGCAACACUUAUAUCAAGAAGUUGCAACAGAGCUUUCAGUGACUGAACAGUCUGUUCAUUCGACCUCGUGAAUUGUCUCAGGUACCCCUGUCGCCUUUCAUGAAGAUCCAGUCUUUUUCCCUUAAGUGCUUUCGCGUAUUGCCCAGCCGACUCAUGGAGCUAAAUUCCCGCCUCACACCAAGCGAAGGCUUGCUUCCUUUUGUGUCAAUGUAAUUGGUUUUUCUUAACGAGCUUCUCUUCUUGACUGCUUGUUUUCAAUGUGCAUCUUUCUACCGAAACGUUAUUUUCUUGAAUCGUCUUGACAUCGACUUAUCUCUAUGGCAACAAUCUCUUCUCCUUAACCUUACGUUUUAUGACAUUUGAACUAUUUUGUUACCACUGGUGUCUUUCUUAUGCACUUCAUUCCAUGUCUACUGAUCACCGAGUGAAGUUCCGUUUCCCACUGCUUUGCACGUGUUUUGGAAGCUGUACAGUACGACUAUUCGACAUUAAAAUUUCCUCCUUGGAUUUAAUGUGUAGUAUUAAACGUGGCUCACCUUGCUAAUUUUUUAGAUACUCCCUCCUGCUCAAUUACGUCAACUUCUAUUACUAGC